ACGAAGAAGAAGAGAAACACUUCCGGUGUCUUCACGUCUCCUCCGGUCUGUUAGUGAACUAACUUUAAUGUCGGACUUAUUUCUCCUAAAGCGUCGCUUUUUGGAUUCAAUGUAACACGUUUAAAAACAAACCAGAAACAACCGAGCUCAGCUGAUGCUGCUAAACAGUUAGCAUCUGCCAUCCGACAGAAUGAGCUCCUCCACCGGUCUGCACACACAGCUGUCCGUCAUCAUGGAGGCGCUGGUCCACGCUGCGGUGGCGGAGCUGCAGAAGCUGGAGGAGGACGGAGGGGGGUUAGACCCUAACCCUGGUGACCUCCAGGUGGUCCGGACCGGAGAAGGGCCUCGUCAGGGGAACAGACUGAAGACCCACAGCCAGGAGAAGAUGGUGCAGUUUGCGUCCCUCAUGGAGGUUCUGGGUAACGAGGCUUUGGGUAAGAUCAUGAACGUGGUGGAUGAAGCCAGACUGCUGGUGGAGCCUCCGUCUGUGAGGGGGGUCAGGAGACCUCAGACCAGCAUCCUCAACAUCCUCAACAACACAUGUGUUGAGGUGGAGCACUCGUACGGAGUCCGACUGGAGAUGUCCAACACUCACAGAUCCACUCAGACCAAACCAAAGAACGAGGGAACAGAAAACCUGUUGGUGACCAGUAAAGACGAACACGGCAACAUGGACCUGGGAGCCAUUGCUGAGAAGGUCAAACACUCCGACACUCACAGAUCCACUCAGACCAAACCGCAGAACGAGGGAACUGAGAACCCGUUUGUCCCGGCGGUGACGAUCAAAGACGAACACGGCAACAUCGACCUGGGAGCCAUCGCUGAGAGAGCUCGAGUUGAAGCCGCCGAGCCGGUAACCUCUGACCUCCAGCAGAGGGUCUCCGGCCCUCCAGAGUUCGUCCUUCAGAGCAUGACCUGGAAGUACUUCUCUUGUACGGCGUGCGGUAAAUCGUUCACGUCUCAGAGCAGCCUGAAGGUUCACCGGCGCGUCCACACGGGAGAGAAACCGUUCUGCUGCUCCAUCUGUGGCCGAGCGUUCCGUCAGCGACAGAGUCUGAGGAGCCACGAGAGGACACACGGCGGCGAGCGGACGCACGGCGGCGAGCGGCCGCACGUGUGUCCGCAGUGCGGUAAGCGUUUCUCUAAGCAGACGCAGCUGAAGACGCACGCCAUCGUCCACACGGGGGAGAAACCAUACGGCUGUGACGUCUGCGGCCACCGCUUCAACUUGCUGCAGAACCUGCAGCGCCACGCGCACACGCACACCAGCAACAAGAUCUACGUGUGCACCGCCUGCGGUAAAGGCUUCACCCGCGCCGUCACGCUGAAGACGCACGAGCUCAUCCACACCGGGCAGAAGCCCUUCAAGUGCGAUCAAUGCUCCAAAAGCUUCCGGCACUCCGUCAACCUCAAGAACCACCAGAGGAUCCACAGCGGCCUGAGGCCCUUCGGCUGCGACCUCUGCGGGAAAACCUUCCGCCAGUCGGUGAACCUGAAGAUCCACCGGAGGAUCCACACCGGCGAGCGCCCCUUCGGCUGCCGGGAGUGCGGCAAGACGUUCAGCCAGCAGAGCAGCCUGAUCUCUCACGGACGCACACACUCCACGGAGCGGCCGUUCGGCUGCAGCUUCUGCGACAAGAAGUUCAACAACGCCAACAGCCUGAAGCUGCACCUGCGGGUCCACACUGGAGAGAAACCGUACGCCUGCGACGUCUGCGGGAAGACCUUCAGCCAGGGAAGCCACCUGAGGACGCACAAGAGACACGUCCACGCCGGAGGCAAGCAGUUCAUCUGUGACAAGUGUGGGAAGAGGUACUCAGACCAGCGCAACCUGAAGCUGCACAAGUGCGGCUACGCGUGAACGUCAGAGAUGAAACGGGCCGUUUCUUUAG